AAGACCAAAGCGAGUCUUCAUAUUGGCAGCCUAAAUGUCAACGGCAGGGGCCCCCUGAGCGGGCCUCGAGACCAUAAGUGGAAUGCCAUAAACCAACUACUACGCGAGGAACGCCUAGGUGUCCUGUGCCUACAGGAAACGCACCUCGACCAAACGCAUCUGGAUACGAUACACGAGCUAUACGGACGACGAAUACGUAUAUGGAACUCCGGGUCAACGUCGUCCACAACCGUCCAGGGAGUUGCCGUGAUACUGAACCGGGAACUAGUGGACGUGUCUGGCGUAGCUUUCCAGGAGCUAAUACCCGGGCGGGCUAUACUGCUGACCAUGCACUGGCAUGCAGAUAAAUACAUCACUAUACUAAACGUAUAUGCGCCCAACUCACCGACAGAGAACGCAGCCUUCUGGACCAGGCUACGAAGCAUGGCAGAAAAGGGACGAUUCAAGAAGCCUGACGUAAUUACCGGUGACUUCAACCUAGUCGAGGAAGCCAUAGAUAGGCUGCCGGCGAGAGAGGAUUCCGCCCCCGCAGUGGCUGCCCUGCGAGACUUUACUAGGCAUCUCGACCUGUAUGAUGGGUGGCGCCUGUCGGAACCGCACAUGAAGGACUACACGUACCCGCAAAGAGGCAGCAUGUCGAGAUCACGCCUAGACCGCAUAUACACCUCCGACCCCCUGAUUCGAACCUCUCAUUCCUGGACUAUUAGGACGACCGGGGUACCUACAGAUCAUAGGCUCGUAAGCACCAAACUUAACACGGCGAACACACCGUUCAUCGGCAAGGGACGGUGGGCGAUGCCGGUCCAUCUUACGGAAGAUGACGUCUUUAUGAAUCAAGCGCGAACCUUAGGAAUCGAAACCAUUAAAGAGAUGAAAGACACAGAACGAGAUGACGCGUACCGAGGCCACUCGAGAAUCCAGCACCUACACAAAUUGUUCAAGGACGGAGUGAAGAAACUAGCUCAAGAUCGAGCCAAACGCAAGUCCCCGAAGCUAAAGGCCGAAAUAAACCGCUUACGAGCCCACAUACAGGAAGUCGAGGGCUGUGAUACGUACCAGACCUCCGGCGACCUACAGACGGACGCUGCGAUACUGCACGACAGGGUCCACGAUUUGGAGAAGAAACGACAAACAUUCUCUAAGCUCACCACAACAGCCCGAUACGUAUUAAACGCGGAGAGAGUGUCUAAAUACUGGUCCCGGAUCAAC